GAUGCUUGUGUGGCUGGGUGGAGAAUUCCCCUUAUCACGACACGUUAGCAAAGUCAGACUGGAAAGGAUUUGUUGGUGCCAGGGAGGCAUCCUGGUGCCAGAGGCGGGGGUACAUAGCCACAUCUGACUAAUGACAGCCACAAAUAGGAACGCACCUAGUAUCCCGAAGGGCUCUGACCCAGAGAGUUGCCACUGACAGGCACUUAUAUCUCUAUGAAUAUAAUCAGAGCAUGGAGGCGGUGCACUAAGCAGGAAGCCCAUGAACCUGAGCUAGUACAUGAACCCGUCCAUGAACUCUUCCCAACAAGAGCCCCAAAGUAGGGUUAAAGUGGGCGGACCCAGUACUUUAUCCUGCAUGAAGCUUCUGCUUUGCUGUUGAGGGCACCGAGCCUUCCCUUAUCCAGAAGCGGCGGCGGCGGCACCAGGGCCAUGGAGAAGGCGGCACAGCAACAGCACAGCGGUGGGGGGAGCAGCAACAGCAGCAGCCGGAGCAGCAGCAGAGCCACCUCGGCGGGAUCAUCUCCUUCCUCCGCCGGCCGAGGGCUGCCCGUUGGAUGUGGGAGCGGAGGGCUGCCGGCUGGAUCUGGGAGCGGAUCUGGGAGAGCGCUGCAGCAAGCCCAGGCUGUCGCUUUAGCGGCUGGGAAAGUGGAUGGGGGAGCUGCCCAAGCGAGUAAGGGAGGCAGGGAGCACAAGCAAGUCAUAGAGGGGGUACUGAGCAAGUACACUAACCUCAUCCAGGGCUGGCAGAACAGGUAUUUCAUCUUGGACUUUGACUCUGGGAUCUUGCAAUAUUAUGUGACAGAAGCGAGUAAAAAUCAGAAACCACGUGGAUCCCUGUCUCUUUCUGGAUCAGUGAUUUCACUAAGUGAAGAGGCACCUAAUGUGAUAAUUGUAUAUUCUACCAAUGGAGAAAUGUACAAGCUCAGAGCUGCUGAUGCCAAAGAAAGACAGUUUUGGAUGACUCAGCUACAAGCAUGUGCCAAGUUCCAUUCAGAGAGUAAGAGUGCAGUGUCACAGAGAGCAAGGAGUUAUUCACUUCUUCCCCAUGGAACUUCUAAUUCCCCAUCUCCUGCAAGCCAAAGGCAAAUGACCCACAGUGGCCCCAGUAUUGUCACUGUCACACACCACAAGUCCCCUGCAGCAGCCAGAAGAUCCAAGAACCAAAACCCUGCCCAACUUCAUGAGGUUAAAGAGGUCAUGGCUCAAGUGGAAGGACAGCAAAAAAAUCUGGUGCAUGCUAUUGAAUCCCUUUCAGGCUCUGGCCCCCUGUCUGCCUUGGACCAGGACUUGCUCCUGCUAAAAGCUACCUCCGCUGCCACCCUUAGCUGCCUUGGAGAAUGUCUCCAUUUACUACAGCAGAGUGUAUAUCAAAGUGGGCAAAACAACAAGAACAUAUCUACAGACAGUAUCCUGAGCUGGCAUGGACCAAAGUCUCAUUCUACAGAAAAUCUUAAAAAUGGACACCUCAGUUCUUUACCAUCUUCUGAUACCAAUCUAACAUGGCCAAUUAUACCAAGCAUGCCUCAAGACUAUAAAGUACUUGAACGAGAUACAGAGACUGGCCCUCCAGAAGCUGAAGAGGAGCUGACGGAUACAGAAGAUAAUGAGGAAGAAGAUUUAGGUGUCAUGGAUGAUCAGCGCAGUGUAAUCCUUCACCUUAUCUCCCAGCUCAAGCUUGGAAUGGAUCUUACCAAGGUAGUGCUUCCAACAUUUAUUUUGGAGAAAAGGUCCUUGCUGGAGAUGUAUGCAAAUUUCAUGGCCCAUCCAGACCUGUUUUUGUCCAUUGCAGCUGGUGCGACUCCUGAGGAAAGAAUCAUCUGCUUUGUGGAAUAUUACCUAACAGCCUUUCAUGAGGGUCGGAAAGGUGCUGUUGCCAAGAAGCCCUAUAAUCCAGUUCUGGGUGAAACGUUUCAUUGCAGUUGGGAUGUUCCCAAGGAAAAUGUGAAAAGUUUCCGAACUCAAAGUGCCUCUAAAGAAACAGUCCCACCUCCGAGUUCUAGCGGAGAGGCAUACAAGCUGCGGUUUGUAGCCGAGCAAGUGUCUCAUCAUCCGCCAGUGUCUUGUUUUUACUGUGAGUGCAAAGAGAAGAAAAUGUGUGUAAAUGCCCAUGUGUGGACCAAAAGCAAAUUCCUGGGGAUGUCAGUUGGUGUAUCCAUGGUGGGAGAAGGAAUUCUCAGGCUUAUGGAGCACGGUGAGGAAUACGUUUUUACACUUCCCAGUGCCUAUGCUCGCUCUAUACUCACAGUUCCUUGGGUGGAACUGGGGGGUAAAGUCAAUAUAUCCUGUGCCAAGACAGGCUACGUUGCCACAGUCAUAUUCCAUACCAAGCCUUUCUAUGGAGGAAAAGUCCACAGAGUCACAGCAGAGGUCAAGCACAAUCCUACCAACACAAUGGUAUGUAAGGCUCAGGGAGAGUGGAACGGAACUCUAGAAUUUACCUACAGUACUGGGGAGACCAAAUUGAUAGACACCACCAAGCUUCUGAACAUCAAGAAGAAAAUCAGACCAUUGGAGAAACAAGGACAGUGUGAAUCAAGACGUGUAUGGGAGAAUGUCACCAAUGCCUUAAAAUCGGGGAAUAUUGAAGCAGCAUCAGAGCAAAAGCACCAGCUGGAGGAGCGGCAGCGAGCAGAAUCCAGGCAGAGGGCAUCACUCAACACAACAUGGAAGCCAAAGUAUUUUAUCAAAGAGGGUGAAGGCUGGGCAUAUGUAAAUCCAAUAUGGAAAAAUAUUUGACUGCAAGACUAUUUUCAUACAAGGCCCCUCUGACCUGAGCUUGGGAUCAGCAUAUUACCUUAAGGUGUUGGCAAAACCUUACUGAAAGCAAAAUACUGUGAAUAUGUCUCUGAGCAACUGCAAGUGAGAAACAGUUAUCCAAAAAGCCAUCUUGUUAACUCAUGUAUAUAUAUAUAUAUAUAUAUAUAUAAAUCUAUAUGCUUUCUGUGUAACAAUGUUAGGGUAUAAAUAUAGUGUAUAUACACAAAUUAUAAAUACCUUGUUAAUUACUAGUUUUUUUUAUAACUUUUGAGUUUACCAAAAAGAUUGUUUCCAAAUGCACUUCUCUGUAUAGGUUUCCACUUCUGGUUUAGACUUUACCACAAAGCACAAGUAAUGGUGCAAAACAGAGCAGGUAAUUAGCAAACUUCAACACACAUUUGGCGAUUCACUAUGGUGCAUUGGGUUUUUUUUGGCAUAUUUCAGGAAAGAGCUUCAGUGCAGUGAUUGGGUUCAUGGUUAAUGAUAUAUAUACUUACAGAUGUCAUUGCUAAAGCCUUAGAUCUUCCAACACUUGAGAUGUUAAACAGACUGAAGGCUGCACCAUUUGCUUAACAUUGCUGUCACUUACAGAGCUUGUCCAUUUCAUUUAUAUCAUCACAAUGUACAAUAUUUUCUCAUCAGUGAGACAAGCGCUGGCUCCCAGAGAAUUAUGUGCUAUAGGAAAAAGCUGUGGCCUUCAUCUGCUUUUCAUUAUUGCUCUGAGUAUGCAUUAUUCUUUGUUAGUUAAACAGCACCUAUUAUAGAAAAAUUGUUUCCCCCAUUCUACUUGAGGGAAACAAUACUAUUUUGCCCAAAAAAUGCUUACUCAGUCUGAUAUGCUGCCCAAACAAGAAGAAUUCCCUGCCAGUGGAGUAACUACUCUGUGCCAGGCCCCCCUCCACCAACCCCUAAUCACCACCUUCUUCACCCUCUCCCUGCUUGCUGGCCCACUAGCUUGCCUCGCUCCAUGCCGCUUGCUCUCAGGCAGGGAAGGGGGGUAUCUACAGUUAUAGGGUGUAACGGGCCAUCUGGGGCUGCCCCCACAAUCGCCGCCAGGCCCCUGCCACCUGCCCAACCCCCUACCAAGCGCUCAUAUACUUAUCUUCAGCUCAUUCUAGGGAGGAGAUCAGUGGGGGGGGAUUGGGUCAGCAGGGCACACAAGAGUCUGAAGCAGACUCCCCCAUCCCCUGAGCUGCCAUGUGACCGUGAGGUCUGCUUCCGUUAUAGUUACCCCCAGGCUCUAUUAGCCAGCACCUCUAGUAAGGGAAAUAAUUUUACUAUCAUGGGUGCCCUUUAAAUAUGUUAAUUUCUCUUAAGAUGGUUUCACCUUCCAAACAUUUUUUCCAGUUCUAGUUUUUCCAGCGCAUCGCAAAUAAUUCUGCAGAUUUAAAUUUUUUUUCAUUAUUUUUUAAGAUUGAUUUUAAAGUUUCCUAGAACUCGCUCAGUAAGGGGAGGGUUUUCUUCUUUCUUACAUUUGAUAUAUUCAUUGAUACAUCCGUCAUCCACAUCUCGAGCUUCAGCCUCUACUGAGCAUGCUCCUUGAGUCAGCUCUUACAGUCGAUACAUUUGUUGCUGCGAUUCCUCUGAUGCUGCUGAGAAAUGCAUUACAUUACAUUACAUUAACAUUUAUUUAUAAAGCGCCAACAUAUUCCGCAGCGCUGUACAAUAAGUGGGUUACAUACAUUGGACAUACAGAGUAACAUAUAAAGCAAUCAGUUACCGAUACAAGAGGUGAAGAGGGCCCUGCCCAAAAGAGCUUGCAAUCUACAAUGCACCAUCUAGUGUAGCUGCCGCUCUCAUUGAGCUGCCACUGGCGAAUACCCAGAGACUGAACAUGAAAUUUUACAUUUAAAUAAUAAAGGUGAAAAAGAAACAAAAUUGAAUAGUGAAUAGUAAUCUCUGGUGCACUAUAUGAACACAACUGAACUGUUUGGAAGGAGAACGUCCCCUUAAAAGUGCUACUGCUAUCCAUGAAUACAGUAUUAGCUUGGGUUGCUAGAUACAUUCAGUGGCGCAGCAGGAUCCAUGCUAUCUAACAUUUGCCAAUUCUUUUCUUUGCCAAUUUUAAAGCUGUGAAUUACUGGCUCAUAUAUAACAGCUGGGUAGAGCAUUGUAGAGCUGACAAUGAUGUAUGAUGCUUCACAGCAUAAGUAUUUUACAUAGCAGAAUAUAAAUAUGGCAUCCAGGGAUUACUGCUGCAGGGAUCAGAAUGCAGCUAUUUUGGGUGCUCUAGCAGGUUACAAAUAAAGAACCAUGCUAUGGGAAGGGUUAGACCAUGGCUAGUUUUAAUCCUCUCUCAUGCUAGAUAUCAUCCUGGAAUAACAUCAUCAUGAGAUGUUCUGCCAACCACUAUGGAAGCUUUAUAAAACUGUAUGAACUAUCCAUUAUUAAUUGCUCUCAAGUUUGCACCAGUAUCAGCAGAAUGAACUAGACAAUCAAACCCCAUACCUACUGCUCAGAAUGGAAGAAUGAUACUGCCCUUCCACCAUGUUCUUUUACCCCAUCAGUUUGGAGGAGUGUUUAUGUCCUGGAUGUGUGUCCCCUGCCAUGUGUUUUAUGAAUAUUUCAUUUUUUUUUAGAGAUGAUAGAAAAUGAUCUAAGAAAAACAUUUCUGUGCUCAAAGUGAUCUUGCUAUUCACAAUCAAUAAAAGAACUUUUGAAUGAGA